AUGAAGUCUAUUAACAUCGAUCGUAACUCAGAAGAUGUAUUUUAUCGGUACAAAAUGCCAGAGAUUGAAGUGAAGAUAGAAGGCAGAGGGAAUGGAAUUAAAACAGUCUUGGUCAAUAUAGAAGACAUAGCAAAAAGUCUUGACAGAGACCCAAAAUAUAUUACGAAAUAUUUAUCGUAUGACUUAGGGACUCUGUCAAGUGUGGAUGAAACAAACUCAAAGUAUAUUAUAAAUGGAUCACACACCUCAGAGAAAGUGCAAUCUUGCAUAUUUAAAUUUAUAGAAGAAUUCAUUCUCUGCAAAUCUUGUGAAAGAAAUCCAGAGACAGUCCUGUUCACAGACGCAAACAGAAAGCACAUUCAGCAAAGGUGCAAGGCAUGUGGGAAAAUAAACACAAUAAAGACGCAGAAUAAACUGGGGAAAAUACUCCUUAAAGAACUCCCAGAUAAAGCAGAGUCUGACCGCCUGGAACCACAGGAUUUUGAAGACAUCGAUGACUUUGAGGUAGAUUAUGCAUUCGGGAAAUAA